GGGCGGGGCGGAGGCGGAGGCGGAGACGCCGCGUAGGCCGGGCAGGCGGGCGCCGGGCCGGGAGCUGGAGCUCCAUGUCCAGCCGCGUCUCCCCGCGAUGUUGCCCUCCCGGAGGAAAGCGGCGCAGCUGCCCUGGGAGGACGGCAGGAGGUCUAUUGCACAUUGUUCAUCGUCUAAGUCUCAACCCCGCUCCCAGAAAGAGCCCAGAGUGCAAGAAAGAAUCUGUAAAGGUUCCAGGCUUGUCAGGCCACUUGCAGGUCUGAGCUCUACUGCUCCACAGUGGAAACCAUCACCACAAGAUGAUGGGGGGGCCAGGUUGCUUCCUGGAGGCCUCCGCCGGAAAUGCUCCAUCUUCCACCUCUUCAUUGCCUUCCUCCUGUUGGUCUUCUUCUCCCUGCUCUGGCUGCAGCUCAGCUGCUCUGGAGAUAUGGCCCAGGUGACCAGGGGACAAGGGCAGGAGACCUGGGGCCCACCUCGGGCUUGCCCUCCAGAGCCGCCCCCUGAGCACUGGGAAGAGGAUGCUUCCUGGGGGCCGCACCGCCUGGCAGUGCUGGUGCCCUUCCGGGAGCGCUUUGAGGAGCUCCUGGUCUUUGUGCCCCACAUGCACCGCUUCCUGAGCAGGAAGAAGAUCCCGCACCACAUCUACGUGCUCAACCAGGUGGAUCAUUUCAGGUUCAAUCGGGCAGCGCUCAUCAAUGUGGGCUUCCUGGAGAGCAGCAACAGCACAGACUACAUUGCCAUGCACGACGUGGAUCUGCUCCCUCUCAAUGAGGAGCUGGACUAUGGCUUCCCAGAGGCUGGGCCCUUCCAUGUGGCCUCCCCAGAGCUCCACCCCCUCUACCACUACAAGACCUAUGUGGGCGGCAUCCUGCUGCUCUCCAGGCAGCACUACCAGCUGGGACUCAGCAGCAGCCAGAGACACGAGAGAGGACCAGGAGUGAGCACAUUAGCUGAGAAGGGCUGUGCUGUGACCCCAGAAGCCCUCGUGCCUGCUGCACAGAGAGCUGCAGACGUGACGCCUGCAGAGUCUCCUGUCACCUGCCCUCCUUGCUCUUCCCAUGUCUCAGCACUGCUCUCUUCACAUUUCUCUCAUUGCAACGGGAUGUCCAACCGCUUCUGGGGCUGGGGCCGAGAGGAUGAUGAAUUCUACCGACGCAUCAAGGGAGCUGGCCUCCAGCUUUUCCGCCCCUCAGGAAUCACAACUGGGUACCAGACAUUUCGCCACUUGCAUGACCCAGCCUGGCGGAAGAGGGACCAGAAACGUAUCGCAGCUCAAAAACAGGAACAAUUCAAGGUGGACCGGGAGGGAGGCCUGAACACUGUGAAGUACCGGGUGGAUUCCCGCACAGCGCUGUCUGUAGGAGGGGCCCCCUGCACUGUCCUCAAUAUCAUGUUGGACUGUGACAAGGCAGCCACCCCGUGGUGUGUAUUUGGCUGAGUUGGCUAAACAGUCAGGAAGCCUGUGCUCGAGACCUCGAUGCUGCUCACGCUCAGGAAACCUCAGGCCUUAGGCCCAGCUCAAGAGGAUGCAGAGUGGCCAGAAAGAAUAGACAGCCGGCUCCGUAUCCGCAGCAACCUGAGCCAGCUGCAGCAACCUGGGCCAGCUCCGUGUCCGCAGCAACCUGGGCCAGGCUCAGGACAAGGACACAGCGAGUUCCUGGGAUACUGCUGGAAAAUUGUCAGAGAGAGGCUGGAGGUGUAGCUCUUGCCUGGGAUUCUCCACCCUGCCCUGCCUUCCUGCUCUCCCUGCUCUUCCUGCCCGCUAGGCCCAGGGCAAAGGAAAGAUGGGCUAGGACAGCCUUCCGCUCCUUUGGAAGAACAGCCUCAUGCAAAGAUGUAGUCAUAAGCCAGUGGCUCGUGUGUAUGGCAGUUGCUAUUAGGAGGCUUAGAACUUCAGAAGGCAGAACAUGAGCCCCGGGCAAAGGAGCACCCCUGGGUGGGGUGGAGAGCUUCUGUCACCAGAUCUCACUUUUCAAAAAACUAGAAUGCUGGAUUCUUAUGCAGAAUUUUCUGAUUUUUAAAUGGUAGCAGCUAACUAAAAUUAAAAAAAAAAAAAAAAAAAAAA